AUGAGUGCCUGCACCGUCUACGUGACCGGGAUGCCGACCUCGGCGACGGAGGAUGACAUCUUCGAUUUCUUCACCCGGAUCGGCAAUGUGGCGGAGGUGCACAUGCCCUCCGCGGAGCAUCAGCCGGCUUCCGGGGCCGCGGCGGCUGUGGAGGUCGUCUUCGACAAACCCGAGGAUGCCGUCAGUGCUGUGUCGAUCAGCGGCAGUGACUUCCAGGAAGACAUCCCGAUCUACAUCUCCGCUGUGGCGCCAACCGCCGCUUCGACAGAGAAGCCGCCGGGCCACGCCACAACCACCGCUGCGGACGCUGACGGCGAUUCUAACGGCAAGACGGUUGCUACAGCGGCGUCAGCGGAACCGGGUGCUGCCCUACUGAUGCGUCGCUCGGCAGAUGCCGAGAAGACGUCCAAGAAUAAAGUUGUGAUCUCCUCGAUUUACCCUCAUACGACGAGGGCGCAGCUGCGCGAGGUCUUCAGCCCGUGCGGCGCCAUCUGCGACUUUCACCUGAUCCCCACCCGCCACAUGGCCUUCGUGGGCUACACGACGGAGGAGGCGUACGAGAAGGCGUUAAAGCUGGACGGGACCAUGGUGAACGGUAACCCCGUCGCCGUACGGCCUUGCCCUCCACGCGACGAUGCGCCUGCGCCUGCAUCCCGGCGCGACGCGAUGCGUCGUGGGAAUGAAGGCACCACUACCUCUGCGCCAAACCGGCGGCAGCUGGAUGUCCGCGUCGUCGUCCACGGCGUCCCCUCUGAUGUCACAAAGGAGGCGCUGCGCGCCUUCUUCUCUCCCGAUUGCGGGCCGCUCACAGACGUGUUUAUCAAGCCUGAGAUCGGCGUCGCCUUUGUGGCCUUCACCUCAGCCGAGAACGCCAAGCGGGCCAUCAGCAAAUCGGGGGAGAUGCUUAUGGGGACCCGCGUAAAGAUCGAGCAACGACUUCCACUGAUCUGCCGCCGGUGCGACAAGGAGGGGCACGUGGCGGCACAGUGCAAGGAACGCUCGCACGGUUCUCGGCACCGAAGCAACGAACGGCGACGCCGUCGUCGCUCGUCUUCCUCUUCGUCGGGUCGCGACCGCCGUCGCCGUCGCCGCUCUGACUCGCUCGACCGCGACCGCCGCCGCUCGGACUCGCUCGACCGUGACCGCCACCGCUCGGACUCGCUCGACCGCGACCGCCACCGCCGUCGCCACUCGCGCAGUCGCAGCCCGCCGCGUCGCCGCCGUUACAGCCGCAGCCCACCGCGCAGCCGCAGUCCGCCGCGUCGCCGUUAA